CAUCAGGCAAUAAACGAAAAAGUAAAUAAAUAGAUAAAAGCGAGCACGUAAGCGGGCGAAAUCUAUAUGCCAUCGCUGUAACCUCGUUACUAUGGUGAUUGAUUCAUAAGUGAAAUUGAAAGUAAACGGGAACUAUUCUCAUUAGAUUUUUGUCCACUUAGAUGCGCACCUUCCGGAAGUCUAGAAAUAUUAUAUGUAAGAUUAAUAUACCUAAUUAUAAUAAAUCUUCCUUCAUUUACUUUUAGAUGAGUCAAACUUAGAUGUAAGGUGAAGCGAUACAUCCAUUUGAAAAGGGAACACCUGCAUUAGAAGUCUUUGUUUUGGAGUUAAGCGUUUCCUGCUCUGAAUUGUAAAGAUGAGUUUACUUGAUGAUUUCAGUACCAUUACAGAGGAGGAAAUAAAUGAACUUAAAGAAACUAUAUCCAAUCAGGAUAUUACAUCAGCAAUAAAAACAAUCAAAGAAUAUCUCAAACAGCAAGAUCGAGUUGAGCUAAAUAUUGCUGUGACAGGCCCGUCUGGUUCUGGAAAGUCCACAUUCGUCAAUGCUUUCAGAGGAUUGGGGGAUGAAGAUGAAGACUCUGCUGAAACCGUUGUAGUGGAGACUACCAUGGAACCUAAAGCUUACCAUCAUCCAAAAUACCAAAAUGUGAAAUUGUGGGAUCUUCCUGGAAUUGGAACGCCAAACUUCAAAGCCGAUGAGUACCUUAAACAGGUUCAGUUUGAACGCUAUGAUUUUUUCAUCAUCAUUGCUUCAGAACGCUUCAGAGAAUGCCACAUCCAGCUCGCCAAGGAGAUCGUGAGAAUGGGGAAGAAGUUUUACUUUGUUCGCUCCAAGAUCGAUCAAGACAUUAAUAAUGAAAAACACAAAAGAAACUUUGACCAAAAAAGGAUUCUGGAUAAAAUUCGGGAGAACUGUAUAAAUGCGCUCAAAGGAAUAGGGAUGGAUGAUCCUGCCAUAUUCCUGAUCUCUGGACAUGAUCUUAGCAAGUAUGACUUCAAUCUUCUGCAGGAGCAGAUGGAGAAAGAGCUUCCACAGCAUAAGAGACACGUGCUGAUUCUGACUCUGCCAAAUAUCACACUGGAGGUUAAUGAGAAAAAGAAGGAAGCUUUAAAGAAAAACAUAUUCAAAGUAGCCUUUGUGUCUGCUGUUGUGGCAGCAGUUCCUGUUCCUGGUCUGUCAAUUGCAGUGGAUUUAAGCAUCAUAAUGUAUGAGGUAGGAAAGUACUGCAGUGUCUUUGGUCUGGAUGAGAAAUCUCUGAAGAACCUCUGUGAACAAUCCGGGCAAAGCAUGGAGACUCUACAGGCACUGAUUACCUCAGUUUGGUAUAAAGGAUAUUUGACAGGUUCACUCUUAAGUGAACUGCGUGAUGCAACACUUCUUGUAUCUGAAGAUGCUGUUGAGCGUGUUUUUAGCUUUAUACCCAUGAUCGGCUCGGUGGUGGCAGGAGGACUCUCUUUUGCUACUGUCUAUUUCAUGCUAAACAAAGCACUAAAUGAUAUAACAGAAGAUGCCAGGAAAGUGCUAAUGGCUGCAUUUCAGACUUUAUAAUAAGGUUUUAUAGAUAUUGGAAGAAAAAACUACUGUAAAUGUAAUGGUAAAUGUAGGUUAACAAUAGCUGCUUUAUGUCUUUAAAGCAAUGUGCUCUAAAGUCAGUGCUCUAUCUCUUUCCAA